AUGCCGACUAAACUCUAUAUUGGUAAUAUUUCUUCAUCAGUUAGUCCAACUGAAUUAAAAGAAUUAUUUGAAAAAUAUGGCAAAGUAUUAGAAUGCGACAUAAUCAAAGAUUAUGCCUUUGUUCAUAUGGAAGAUGCAAGCAAAGCAAAAGCUUCUAUUGCUGCUUUAAAUGAAUUUAAUUUAAAAGGAAGUCGUAUAAGAGUUGAAGUAUCAACAAGUCAACUUCGCAAUGCAGGUCGUCCAUCCCGUCGUGGAGAUUCGCCGCGUCAUCAAUCAAGUUCGAUGCCAAUGCGAUCGUCAAGAAAUCGAGAUUAUCCAAUGGUGUCAUCGAGUCGAAGUGGCGGUCCUGAUCGAUCAUAUCCUCGUAUGCGAAACAGCUAUAUGGAUUCAAGAUCGCGUCCGUACGAUUCACCUUAUGAACGUCAACGAAUAGCACCUCCGCCACCACCAAUGAGUUAUGGCGAUCCGUACAGUAUGCGUGGUGGUCCCGUGGAUCCAUAUGGUCGUGAUGACUUCUAUUCUCAACGAGCACCACCAAUGCCAAUGACUGAUCACUAUGGACGAGGUCCACCAAUGCGGUCAACUUACGACGCUUACUCCGCAUAUCCACCUGGCCUUGGUGCAAUGGGACCACCGAGAAGUCGUUAUGCUGCUUCACCAUCGUCAUCGCGUAAUGGAACAGGACGUUAUGCAUCACCAUCUCGAUCUUCAUCGUCGCAUCGCACAUCCAGACGAUCACCAUUGCCAUCAUCGUCGUCCAGUUCGUCACGGCCACGUCGUUAA